AUGGCUAUGGCCGCGCGGCCACAGACCCCCGUACAGGAUACAUACUCGAUCCCGCACCCCAACGACCCGGGAAUCAUGAGUCGCGGAUAUGGCACCAUUCGCUCCUCGUCGCGGCCCAGCUCCUACGCCGGCACCGGUUCGGCCUUCCACUACACCAACAGCCUUGACAAGCCCCAGGUCGCCCACAAUCCGCGGUUCAAGGAGGACUUUGAGACUGCCAGUCACCGCAGCUCAGUCGUGCUGGACGGCCCCUCCGGAGGGAGCGUCGGCGUGCAGCGUUCGGCCUCGCUCAUUUCGCCGGCCCCGUCCCCGGCCCGAUCAGGGACGCUGCGCAAGAAGGCCUCCCUGAGCAAGAAAGGCAGUCUGCGACGCAAUGGGAGCCGGCGCUCGAUGCGCGCGGGCAGUGUGAGGAGUCUCAGCUUAGGUGACCGCGAAAAGUACAACUCCGACGGGGCAGAAGAUGUCAAUAGUGCAUUUAUGAUUCCAAUUCCGACCAACGGCAAUCCGACAGAGGUACUGUCAAAUCGCUUUCAAGCCUGGCGCAAGAUCCUUAAGGAUCUGAUCGUUUUCUUCAGGGAAGUGCAGAAGUCCUACGAAGCUAGGUCAAAGCUAUUCCUCUCCGCCUCCCAUGUGAUGAACAACCAGGUCAUUCCCCCAGCCUUCCUGCAAUCCGGUGGCCUUGCCGAUGCGACCGAGAUUCUCCAACACUUCCACCGCCAGGGAUAUACCGAGGCCAACAAAGCCGUAGAGGUGGAGAUUGAGGUAAUUAGCCAAUUAACGGGUCUCCGGAGUGAUCUGCAGAAGAAGACAAAAGAGAUUAAGAGUCUCUCGGGGGAUUUCAAGAACACGGUUGAGAAGGAGAUCGACGGUACCCGCAAAGCUGUGCGCAACCUGCACGAGUCGCUGGGCAUGGUAGACACCGAUCCCUCUGCUACCUCAGGCAAGGGCGACCCGUUCUUAAUGCGCCUCAAUGUCGAGCGACAGGUUGAAAAGCAGAUUGAGGAGGAGAACUAUCUUCAUCGGGCAUUUCUAAACUUGGAAAACUCCGGCCGCGAACUCGAAUCGAUUGUCGUGAGCGAGAUUCAAAAGGCUUAUAAUGCCUACGCUAGUAUUCUCAAGCGUGAGGCCGAUGAGGCGUACGACACGGUCGAGAAGCUACGCGCAGGGCCGAUUUCUAUGCCCCAGGACCACGAGUGGAAUGCGUUUGUCGCUAACACAGAAGAACUUGUCGACCCCCGCAUCCCUCUACGGAACGUGGAGAAUAUCACCUACGCUGGCAAGGACCAUCCGGCAGCAGCAGAGGUUCGCGCCGGUAUGUUAGAGCGCAAGAGCAAGUACCUGAAGAGCUACACGCCCGGGUGGUACGUGCUUUCGCCGACGCACCUGCAUGAGUUUAAAUCGGCCGAUCGCGUGGCAUGGCAGACUCCUGUCAUGUCGCUGUAUCUGCCGGAGCAGAAGCUGGGAUCCCACUCGCAAGAGGAUUCCAGCUCCCACAAGUUCAUGCUCAAGGGCCGGCAGACUGGUGCCAUGCAUCGGGGUCACUCGUGGGUGUUCCGCGCCGAGUCCCACGAGACCAUGAUGUCCUGGUAUGAGGAUAUCGAGAGUCUCAUCAACAAAACCGGAGAGGCGCGCAAUGCCUUUGUACGCCGACAUGUGCGGAGUGUGAGCGGCCGUUCGAUUAACAGUGAGGUGUUGGAGGAUGACGAGGCCGAUCAGACCCCCUACUCUGCCGGGGCCGUGAUUCUGGGCCAGGAACGGCCCACAUCAGCCACCCGUCAGCCCGGCGGGGCCUUUCCGAGUGACGUCCAGAUCGACAGGCACCUGCAGGCGCCGUUAUCCCCAUCCAGUGGCGAUAGCUACGCUGGUCGGGAUAUGAUCGCUACGGCUGAAGGCCUUCCAGCUGAUACGGGCGCCGCGGGCUCCUCGCGAUUCUAUGGGGCCCACGAGUCCGCCACUGCGUCUCCGCAGGCCACCAAUGAUGGCUCGGCGGACCAGUCCCGAUCCCGGAUCAGCCGCCAUGACAGCUACUACGGCGACUGGAUAAGCCCUACCGCCAUCGUGGCCCAACAGAAGAAGAGCCGGCUGUCCGAGACGAUGAAUGCAGACGAUCGCGAGAUCCGGUCCGAGGGGGAUCAUAACUCCAUGGUCGCCGUGCCCGGUGUCCUAGAGGGCACUGACCGCCGUGAAUCUUCUGCUCCCCCGCAGAUGGCUCGCCGUGAAAGUGUAUCCACGGCGCCGACUAACACGAACAUCACGGACUACACCAACAACACUCUGGCCACUUCCGUAGACGAGACUCCUGAAUUCGCCAAGAACGGCGCUGCGGUCGCCAGUGGUUCAGUUCCAUCCAAUGGCCUCGAUGGAUAUGCCGUCACUGGUGCUGGCGGCACUGCCAAAACAGGACCGGAUUUAAGCCGGCCCAAGCAGGACAGCAUCGUGGCCAUCGACAUGAAGAUCCCCGGCCACUUCCCACGGACCAACGUGGCCGCAUAA